AUGUGGUAUGGUAUUGUAUGGCACAACACAGGAUCAUUCACUCAAGCACAUAUCAUACCUUGGCAUCAGAAGCUGAUCUUUUCAGCUGAUGCAACAACGGGCAUAAGGAUGGCAAUGGCCCGUACAAAGCAAAAUGCAAAGCGCAGCGUGGGGUUGUCCCACAUGGAGUACCACGACAACCUCUCUGUGGCGGGAAUUCAUGCCUUGGCACAAGACGACCUCAUUGAAGACGAGCAGCCAGAUGAGGUGACGGACCAGUCUGACAAUGAUGACAUGUCGUUUGAUGAUGAGCAGGAUGAUUUUGAAUCCAUGGUGAUGUGUCUGUUCCUUCAGUGGAACUGUGUCAUUUGCCACAAUGGCGGUGGCCUCAUCAACUGCGACAUUUGUCACCAUGACGUCUGCACAGACUGUCUUGGAAACAUUGACAUUGCCACCGUGCAGGAAGACUGGCAUUUCCUGUGUCCUUCUUGUCAUGUGAUGACCCUUGGCAACUCCGACAAAUACCAUGCCUUUCACAGCCAUAACGGGUCUCGGAAUGUACACUCCGAGCCAUCCCGUGUGACAGGCACCAUGGUGGCUCCUCAGCACGCAUUCUGCUCCACUGCUCCAGUGGUGAUCUUAUCAUUUCGUCUGAAAUCACUCACCAAGGAAGCCAGUAUCCCCGAUAUGUUCCAUAUGAACCUCAACAGCUACUUCUGGAACACAAAGGGGAACCUUUACGAUCCCUGA